AUACGGGGGCGGCUCCUGGCUCCUCAGGGAGGGAAUAAAUCUGCCACUGAGGCGGCCUCUUCCGUACCGGGAAUUCGGAGAAAUCUCAGCAGCCGCGGUGCAUUCUGGGGUGACCAUGGCCGGCUGGAACAGCCUCAGUACCAGAGAGAAGGUGGCGCUGAGCGUCGGUGUCUCCGCUGGGGCCGUGGCGCUGUACGUCUGUUACACCAAGUACCGUGACAGGAGUGGGGAGAAGCCCGGCGCCCAGAGGGACCACGUGGGCCCCUGUACCUCUCCAGCACCCAGGCUGCGUGUGUUGGAUGGGGAGAUCUACGAGCUCUGUAUGAAGGUGCCGUCAGAUUCCGUAAAGCUGCUCGUUGGGAAAGAGGGAAACAUCCGGAAGCGGGUGAGGAAGCAGACAGAUGCACAUAUACAGGUGAAGGAGGUCCCGGACUCCGCGGGGGCACAGGAGGUGACACUCAGAGGCACGCAGAAACAGGUCUGCCAUGCCCAGGAAGUGGUAAAUAGAGUCCUGCAGGAAAGUGCCAUUCUGAGGGUGGAGCUGCAGUUGCCCUCCAAGUGCAUGGGGCGCAUCAUAGGGCAGGGAGGAGAGAGAAUCCGGGCCAUUACCCGCACCACUGGGGCCAAAAUUGAUUGUCAGCCAAGAACCAAUGGAACCCAAAUGUCACCAACUCGGUGCAUCACCGUGACAGGGACCAAAGAGCAAGUGGAGGCCGCCAAGUUCCAUAUUCAGAAGGUGUCGGAGGAAGAGCAGAGCCUCCAGCAAAGAGCGGCGGAAUCUUCUGCGUUUCGCUGUCGGCGGAAAGAGCUUAUUUCCGUUAAGAAGAAAGAGGCGCAGGAAGCCAAUAGCCGGGGCAGUGGGAUACAGGAAGAGAAGAGAGGGGGUGCUGAGCCAAUAGGGGAGAGUCUGCAUCGGGGGAACCCACCCAGCAAGGAGAACGUCACGGACACCACCUAUGAGGUGCCCAGGUUUGAAGUUUCCAGCCCAGAAUACCCCUUCCGAGCGGACGAGUACGUGGACGUGUACGUGUCGGCCGUGGAGAACCCCGAACACUUCUGGAUCCAGAUCUUGGGCUCGCGCUCAACUCAGCUGGACAAACUGACCUCCGAGAUGACGGAACACUACCAGGAUAAAAAGGGAGGCGUGGCUGAAAUCCAGGUGGGGGACAUCGUGGCGGCCCCGUUCCGCUCCGAUUAUUUUUGGUACCGAGCCAAAGUCGCGGGGUUCCUGGAGAACGGAAACGUGGAUUUGUACUACGUGGAUUAUGGCGAUAACUGGGACGUUGGGCGAGAGAAGCUCUUUCCUCUCCGGCACGACUUCCUGAGCCUCCCGUUUCAGGCGAUCGAAUGCGGCCUCUCUAAAGUCUCUCCUAACGGGGGGGCAUGGACGGAGGAGGCUCUGCUCUACUUUGAAGACCUGACCCAUUGCGCCCUAUGGAAACCUCUAAUGGCCAAGAUCUCCAGCUUCCCCUCCCCGGGGGUCUCCAGCUUCCAGGUCCUGCUGUUUGACUCCUGCACUGACCCCGUGACAGACAUCAGGCAGAAGUUAAUCGCCGGUGGGUUUGCGGUGGAAAGAAAGGAGAGCCCCCUGCGGGAGGAUGAAGAGGGCUCAUUGGUCGCUCGGCUACUGGAUGAAGUGACCAGCCUCUCCCUGGAACCAGAAACGGUCAGCUUCUCCCUGGAACCAGAAACUGUCAGCUUUUCCAGCCGGCUGGAUGAUCCCCACCUCCCCUCUGAUGGCUCAAUAGAACUGAUGCGAGCAGAUCCAGAACCACAAGCGGCACCCAGCUUGGGUCACAAGCCCAAAGUGACCUCCACCCCCGUGUGUUACUCGAGAGCGGAGGAAGAGCAGGAAGAGAGCCUGGAGAAGAGCAUUGCCAAAAUUACUCUUGGUGACAGUGAGGGGUCACUCGAAUCGGGCACUACGGAGACGGCCUCUGAGAACGGGACCACCUCGUAUGAAGGGUCCUCCAAAGACUCCUCCGUUGACUUAACGGGUUCUUUUACCUCUGAGGAACACAGCUUCAGCUCCUCCCCGCUAGAGGACAGCAGCAUAUACUCCCCCCGAGGCUGCUUCUACUACCUGACCGACGAGCCCACCUCCAGCUCCAUCUUCUACAGCUCCACCUGCGACGACGUCAUAACCAUAAGCUCUGAGAGUGAGGGGGAGGAGCCCGGGCCGGAUAAAGGACCUGCCGAUAGGAAGAAGGCUGGCAAUGGUGCUGACUCCCUGCAGAGCUCCGGGAGUGAGGACGAUGUGAUUUUGGUGGAAGACUGACCCCACGUUUUGGCUCAGAACCGGCCGCCCUGUUUUGCACUAUAAAGUGGGACCAAAUGGUUCCUGUUCCUGUACAUAUUUGUCUGUUAAUAAAAGUUCUAAUUAAUUUAACAUCAA